AUGUUUGGUUACACUGGCAAAUGGGGCACCUGGUUCACAUUGGUACUGGUGCAAUUGGCAAUUAUGUUGGGCUUCGCUUGUCGCGUAUCUGAGUUUCCUUGCAAGGGCAAUAACAACAUUUGCAUACCAUUGGACAAAUUCUGCGAUGGACGGGCGGAUUGUGAAGAUGGCAGCGAUGAGCCAAAACAUUGUUCGGUUUGCAACCGAACUUAUUACGGUGACAUUGGUCGCACCUAUACAUUAAAAGUGCCAACACCACAAUGGAGUCGACUGCCAUUUUUAUGUCACCUAACUUUCACAGCUUCAGGGCGUGAGCAAGGCGAUAUUGUGCAAAUUAUCUUCGAUAGUUUUACAGUGGGUCGCUUCGAUGAAGGCAUGGUGGACUCAGAUAUUGACGGUUACGAAAGCAAUGUUAACCCGGCUGGCGAGUUGCCAGGCUGCCCGGAGGGUUUUAUGCAGCUGAGCGAACUUGGGCGUCCAUUCACAGGCGGUUCUUGGUGCGGCAAAGCAACAGGGCCCCAAUUAUAUUUCAGCGAAACAUCAACUGUAACUGCAUCUGUGAAGGUAUUUCAUCCGCCCAAGAACAUCCAUGAUGAGAAACCAUUCGAAUUCAAAAUACGCUACAAAUUCAUCAGUCAAACUGAUGCUGUUGUCAGAUACGGUCUGCCCGAUAAGCCUUUGGAAUUGGGGCGCGUUACACCUGGCACGUAUUGUACACGCCAAUUUGAUGAGUGCUAUCGAAAUAAAUGCCAUUUGCAAAGCCCAAAUUAUCCGGGCAUGUAUCCGCGAAAUGUAACCUGUUAUUGGACGAUACGACAAAAGGAGGUGCCAACCAGUAAGCAUGCCAUGAUUGCUGUUAGUCAAGAAAAUCAACACAAGGCGCUAGUAAAAAGAUCCAUUGCAAGUUUUAACAAGACUUCACGUUCCAUACGAGCGUGGUCGGACUGCACUGGAGAACGAGAUCAUUUGAUUUUCUAUGAUGGCAGCUCCACAAAUGAUCCUGUGUUGGCAAAAUAUUGUGGCGGUGACUGGUUACCACGUGUGGUGUCGCGUGGACCUGAAAUGUUGGUUGCAUUCCAUUCUAGCCCAUUUUCAGCGCCCCUGCAACAAGGCGUUCCAAAUCGUGGGUUUGAACUUGAUGUCGAUAUCAUUUUCACAGAUUCAGAUUCAUACGAUUUUGCACAAGGCACAAAAAAUACCUGCGAGUUCCAUAUAAAUGCAACAAAUCCAGAUGAUGUACUCUUCUCGCGGCGUGGACGAAUGGGCCGUAUUGUAAGCCCACGGCAUACACUACCACCGAAUACAACAUGCACUUACCACUUUCAUGGAUAUCCCGGCGAUCUGAUUUGGUUGUCUUUUACAAGCUACAAUCUACAGAUAUUACAGCAAACAAUUCAUGACAACAACACACUAGGCAGAGCUGAUUUGCCACCAUGGAUCACGCGCCUAAGAAUGUGGGACAGUUAUGGCACGUAUGUUUCAUCGAAAACUACAACAACAACUGGGCAGCCACCAUCACCACCACCAGUGGCAUCAUCUGCAUCGGGAAGCAAACCAACUACUUUGAAUCAAAGCGCCUACGGCAAUUAUUAUUACAGUGCACAAAAUCCCAAAUUGAGUAAAAAUUUACGCGUGAAUAUUGAUAAUGCAUGGAAUCCGGUCGAUACAUACAUCUAUGGUCCAACACAAUCGAGUAUAUUCAAUAAUGAAAAUAAGUAUAGUGGCUAUCAGCAAGCUGGAGCGGGUGCAAGUGGCAAACAGAGUGGUGGUGUCCCCAAUAGUGGCAUAAGCGGCAUAAAGGAGAGUUUAAAUUAUAUUUCGGGUGGUAGUAGUGGUGGUAAGGGUAGCAAGGAUACGUCAUCAGCUGAAAAGAGCUCGGUUUCUUUGAUGAGUUCGAAGGGCAAGCGACGUUUAAUGUUGGAAAUCUAUGAUUAUGAAACACCGAAGUUAUGCGAUCACACUGCCAUUAGCAAUAAUGCAUUGGGCUUCAAUAAGCUGAGACCAUGUAGUCCUUUGGAGAGUUAUGUUAGUUCCGGACGAGAUUUGAAACUGGAGUUUCACACUCACACCGGCACUGCGCUCUUUCCGGCUCAAUUUUCGCUGAAUUAUGAAUUUGUGGACACCGAACAGGGCGGCGAACCUUGGCCCGGACGCAGAGGUGAAGAUCCCGUACCACUACUCUGUUCACGCGUUUUUCGCAAGCGUAAAGGCAACAUACAGGUGCCACGAAAUGUCUUCCUCUACGGCCGUGGUGGAGCCAAAAAUUUCACGUGCCUAUAUCGCUUCGAAGCCGGCACAUCUGAACGCGUCCGCCUAGUGUUACACAAUGUUACAUUCGGUGAGGGUACAGCAUGUACAACUGACUCUGAUCUGCACACCGGGCGUCCGCGUUGUAAUCAACUCGACCCGGAGGGGCGCCUGACUGAAUUGCGCCUUUUCGAUGUGCCCUUUCGUGAUGUGAAAAUACAAUUGGGUUGCUUCUGUGACAACUCCAGUACGCUCUACAGCAAUGCGCCACUAACAUUCAUAUCAAAUUCACGUGUCAUGGAGCUAUCAUUCACCGUCACACGUUUGAAUAUUUCGGAGGACUUUGCAGAUGUUUACUUUUUCGCUUCAUACGAAUUUAAGCGAGUCAGUGAAUGCCGCAAGCGACUUAAGCUGAAAGGUGCUGGUGGUGAAGAUGAAAUUAAGUAUCCUAUGAAGUCACAGGACUCCAGUUGUGAAGGUCUCUCUUGGUGCAUUGAGGCACAAACAUUGGAGCAUUCACUAUUCGUGCAGACGUGGGGCUCUUAUUUGCCCAUAGAUCCGACAUCGGAGGAUGCUAUGCGUUGUCACACCAAAAAUCGCUUGAUCAUAUAUGCGGGACGACCUUUGAAGGUGAUGCGCGUUGUUUGCCCAGCUCAGAGUGGACCGAGACCGACUUCGUUGCAUAUAUUCUCAGAAGAUUGGACAAAUGGACAGCCUUUAUUUACCAACAAGCCAGUCAGCUUAGUACUGGAACCCAUACUGAAAGAGCCCGGCGACAUUGCAUUCACAUGGUUGGAAAUCUACCGUACACGAAAUUCCUUAAUUCAACAGCUCGAUAUACAAACCAAUGCCAGCGUGAUGACGGGUGGCGCUGCCUCUGGCAAUGACACAUUGACCGACAUCGGCUUUUAUCCGAAGGAAUCCGAUUGCGAAUAUAAAUGUCCCGAGCUGGAUGCGUGUAUAGCGGGGACCCUAUGGUGUGAUGGCCACAAUAACUGCCCAUCUGGAUUUGAUGAAUCUGAACAGGAG